AUAAUCAGAGCAGCUGUUGAACGCACUCACAACUCCACGCUCACAUCGAAUAUGCCGGGACUGCUGCUCGGGGAUGUGUUUCCUGACUUCGAGGCAGAGACCACCACUGGCAAAAUUAAACUCCAUGAAUUUCUCGGUGAUUCGUGGGGAAUCUUGUUCUCCCACCCCAGGGACUACACCCCUGUGUGCACCACAGAGCUGGGCAGAGCUGCCAGGCUGCAUGGGGAGUUCAGCAAGCGCGGCGUCAAAAUGAUCGCGCUGUCUGUCGACUGCCUGGAGGAUCACCACGGCUGGAGCAAGGACAUUCUGGUGUACAACUGUGAGGAGUCGGCCUGCUGCUCGCUGCCCUUUCCCAUCAUAGCGGACAGUAAACGGGAGCUGGCAGUGGCCCUGGGCAUGCUGGACCCAGAUGAGAAGGACAACGAUGGCAUGCCACUAACUGCCCGCUGUGUGUUUAUCAUUGGCCCCGACAAAAGGCUGAAACUGUCGCUGCUCUACCCCGCCACCACAGGACGCAACUUUGAUGAGAUCCUGAGGGUGGUGGAUUCACUCCAGCUCACAGCAGGGAAAAGAGUGGCCACACCUGCCGACUGGAAGCUUGGAGACUGUGUGAUGGUUCCUCCGAACAUGUCUGAGGAGGAGGCUGCUGCUUUGUUCCCAGAAGGCGUCUACACCAAAGACCUGCCCUCUGGCAAGAAGUACCUGCGCUACACACCACAGCCAUGAACACUGACAUCUGUCCCACACACUCUACCCUCAAACUGCAGGUCUCAGUGCCCCCACUCUGGGGCAGUAACUGCUGCUGGUAUCCUCCCAAAAAGUCAGCAGGUAGCUCAGCUGUGAGUCAGGCCCUGAUAAAGUAGAAGGAAUAAAAAUACAGUUGGAGCUUCAGUCAUGAAAUGGUUGAGAUGGGAACAUAUGUGUGUAUCACUGAAGAAUAAAAUAUAUGUUAUAUUUAGAAUGGUACUCAGUAGAGCGCAUACCUCUCCCAAGGCCCAACAGUCCUCUUAAAUUGAAUCAUGCUGCACCAAACUACACACACACACACACACAUAUAGAUAUCAGACCGCUUCAUGUGCCCGAUUUCUAUUUCAUCAACAUCCAUGAAUUACUCAUUAAUAAUGAAAAUCUCAAGAGACAUGCCCUAUCUUGCAAUGUUAAGAAAUCCUUUGUGUGGAUCCACAUCAAAAUGUAAUGGAUUCUUGCCUGACCAAUACCACAUCCUUCAAUCAAGUUCUGAGGAAAUUCAUUUUUCAGUUUUAGCGUAAAUCCUGCUGACAAAGAAACUAAAAUAACACUCAGUAGAGCACAAGGCCCCUUAGUUCAAUCAAUUCUGCACCAACUUUCACACUCAUACAGUAGAUACCAGUUCUCAAAAUGUUCCAUCAAGAUCCUUCAGUUAUUUCCUGGGAAAAUGUUUCCUGAACCAAUAUUUGAAAUAAUUGUCAUAUGCAUUAUGUUCACUUUGUUUUUUAUAGACCGGUGCAAGAGGAAGUGGAACCUGUGGUUGUUUACACACAGAAUGAGAUAAUGGCUGCAUUGAACACAGUUCCCUCUCAAUUUUCAUGUGUAUAUUAUACAGUUUGAAAAAAUGCAGAAUUGUCUUAUUAUCAAAUAACUUAUUGGAAUAACUUGAGCAUUUGUAGUGUAAGGUAAAGCAGAUGAAUUGACUGAAAAUAAUAUGGCACUUGCAUUUUAAUGGUAGAGUGUGUGAUGUAUGCAUUUCACCUGUGUGAAUAAAUAAAAACA